AUGGCCAACGAAUCCAGUCCAGUUUCCAUGCCGCGCUCUUUUCGUGGCAUCAACCAUUUGAAGUUGGCAUGUUUUUCUGUCCAAAAGACCCACGACUUCUACACCAAAGUCUUUCCGUUCACUCCUCAACCUCGCUGGGACCACUUCACCCCCGAUCACAAACUAUUCGCAAAGAUGUUCCGUUAUGAACCUACUGGGUUGAUAGUCGAGGUCCGCUAUGAACCAGCCCAAGCAGAGGCGCAAAGAGGGUGGGAUCCCGUCACGUAUGGGGUCGCCACCCGCAAAGAUCUCGACGAGUGGGCGGCGUGGCUCGACUCAAUGAAUGUUAAGCGAAGUCCUAUUUUCAUGGGCAUUAAGUCGUGGGUAUUGGCUUGCGAAGACCCAGACGGGAAAAUAGUACGCCUUAAUGUUGAGGAUGAAGAGCAUGAAUGGACUGAUAAGCCCGAUCGAGAUGAAUACUGGCUUGGAAAUAUUCAGGCUGAUCCAUCAGCAUAA